UUGUUAUUUUCAUUUCUGUAACAUGAUGAUCUCGCCUUGUGAGCUGAUCUGAUGACGUCACUGCGAAAUUGAUUUCAAAAACUCCAUGGUGAUGGAAGAGUAAAGUUUAUUGAAUAACUUUAAUAAAGACUAGAGUUUUGUAGACACCAAGUGUUUAUUGAAGCCCUUGUAGCCUGUGAACACACGAUGCUAAGUGACACAGAAGCUCAAGAGCUCCUCUCUUUCCUCCAACUGGACACGAGGGCAGACGUUAAGGGCCAGGCUACGGAGUACAUCCUCGGUCUGACAGGGACGCGAGAUGGCUGCCGCUACCUACGGACAAAGCCUGACUUCCUCAAGGCUCUGGUCACGCUCACAGCAGAUGUCUCUAUCGCCAUUGUGAAGGACUGCUACCAUGCCCUGGUCAACCUCUCGGCUGAAGAAACACUGCACAAGCCCUUGGUGAAGGAGGCGGGCAUUUUACCCGUGCUGCUGAACCACCUCCUUGACCCAGAGUACGAGUUCUCUGACCGCAUCUGCUCCAUCCUCACCAACCUGUCUAGGCAUGAAAGGACAUGUGUGGACGUGUUACACGAGCUGCAGGAGCAGCAGAUCGGCUUGGCCAAACUCGUCGAGAUCUUCUGCACCGAGGGCUUUAAUAAGAAAGCAUCACUGCAUUACCUGGGGCCACUGCUGUCCAACCUCAGCCAGUUACCCGAGGCCAGGCACUUUAUCCUGGACAAAGAAAGGUGUGUGAUACAGAGGCUUCUUCCCUACACCCAGUAUGAGGCGUCAGUCACCAGACGUGGUGGAGUUGUGGGCACGCUCCGAAACUGCUGCUUUGACUACACCCAUCAUGAGUGGUUGCUAAGUGACGCAGUGGAUAUUUUGCCCUUCCUGCUCUUGCCGUUGGCUGGUCCAGAGGAGCUAUCUGAAGAGGAGAAUGAAGGUUUACCUGUGGAUCUGCAGUACCUUCCAGAAGACAAAACAAGAGAGGAAGACCCCGACAUCCGCAAGAUGCUUAUAGAGACACUAUUGCUGCUUACAGCCACCAGAGUGGGACGGCAGAUUAUGAAGAAGAAAAAUGUUUAUCCCAUUAUGCGGGAGUUUCAUAAGUGGGAGAAGGAGCCACAAGUGGUUUCUGCAUGUGAAAAGCUUGUUCAGGUUUUGAUCGGAGACGAGCCGGAGGAAGGGAUGGAGAACCUAAUGGAGGUGGAGAUUCCUGAGGACGUUGAGCAGAAGCUGAAGGAUUUGGAUGCCAAAGAGCAGGAGCAGAUUGAGAAAGAGCAACAAGAGCUGCUCCGAGUGGAAAGUGAGAAGUGUCGCAACUCAACUCCAGAAGGGCUGGAAUGAUGAACGGCCAGCACCAUGGACACCACACACACAUCUCACACACAUCACUGAUUCCUAAUGAGUCAAUUCUGUAACCCCAUCAUCCAAAAACGAAUUCCUGUUGUUAAAGUUUCGGUCCUGGCUGGUUUAAUAUUACAUGAGCUUGUAAAGUGGAUAAUGUUGAUUAAAAGGCAUGUCUUUAUGAUACACCUCGUUCGUUUUAGGAGAAAACUGGGUCUGGAUGACAAGAGACUAAUGAGAAUAUCAGCUGUGGAGUGAUGGGGUGUUGGUUUUUUUUGUACACAGAUUUAAUAACAUCAACAUUUUAUAUUAAAAUCCCUUUCAGUCCAUCUUGA